AUGGGUCUCCCCUCCCCCCUGCAAUAUACCACCGAAGUCGGCGGGAACACCUCCAAGGCCACAUACCAGGAGGCAUCCGGAGCACCCGUUGAGGUCAAUUCCCCGCUGGGGUAUUCGGUCGGUUGGGUUACUGUUAUCUUCUUGAAUUUGAGUAAGAUGAUCGGAACGGGAGUCUUUUCAACGCCAUCGGCCGUCGUCAAAGGCGCCGGGUCCGUUGGUCUUACGUUGAUAUACUGGGUGAUUGGGUAUUUGAUGGCAUCUAGCUGUCUGUCCGUUUACAUGGAAUUCGCAUCGGCUUUCCCCAGUCGGUCCGGCUCGGAGGUUGUCUACUUGGAACAAUCGUAUCCCGACCAAAUACUGGCUCAGUAUCUCUUCAAACUUGCAGAUUCCGACUUUACUCCAUGGAAGUUGAAAGGAGUUGCUGUGGCGUGCUAUACUGUUGCGGUACUGGUUCUGGCAUUUCAUACUAGAUGGUCGUUGAGACUCGCAAAUGCGAUCGGGCUUGUCAAGCUACUGACACUGAUAUUCAUCGCAAUAACUGGAUUGGUGGUUCUAGGAGGUCACACCUCAGUGAAAGACCCUAAAGCAAAUUUUAGAAACGCCUUUGAGGGUACUAGUGCUGCGACAGCCUAUGGAGCAACCAAUGCAUUGACCAAGGUCUGGUUUUCCUUUGCGGGAUAUGAGAAUGCAUUCAAUGUUGUGAAUGAAGUUCGGAAUCCUGUCAAAACCUUGAAGUGGAGUGCUCCGCUCUCAUUGGGCCUCACAGCAGUUCUAUAUGUGCUGGCAAACAUUGCGUAUUUUAGUGCUGCGAGCAAGGAGGAAAUCCUAGAGUCGAAGGUCGUUGCCGCUGGUGUGUUCUUCGAGAAGGUAUUUGGAACUGGUAGUGCGGCUUCAGCACUAAAUUUCCUGAUUUGCAUGAGUGCUUUCGGAAAUCUUCUUGCUGUGCUUGUUGGACAGUCUCGUAUGUUAAGGGAGUGUGGAAGACAAGGUGUUUUGCCUUUCACUUCAUUUUGGACUUCGACCAGACCGUUUGGAACACCGCUUGGCCCAUACUUUGUGAAAUGGAGCUUCACCGUCCUGAUGAUCCUGGCGCCACCUGCUGGUGAUGCAUUCAAUUUCGUCGUGGACCUCGGAGUGUACGCAACAAGUAUCUUUGGUUUGGUACUCACUAUAGGCCUGGUGGUCACUCGAAUUCGCCGUGCGCGCCUUAAUCUCCCAGCACCGGACUACAAGGCCUGGCACAUUACUGUGGCAUUUGCAAUCCUCUCCAACCUAUACAUGGUGGUAAUGCCGUGGUACCCUCCCAGUACUGGGGCCAAUGGAGGCGAUGUGAGCUUCUGGUAUGCAACAUAUUGUGCGGUUGCUGUCGGAAUUGUGGGGUUGUGUGGAGUGUACUAUUAUGUCUGGAUCAAGCUUCUACCCAGAAUUCAAGGAUUCAAGUGGGAGCAAACGGUUCUCAAACUGGAUAAUGGUGCUCUGGCGCAUCGGCUUGUCAGGGUUCCUAAGAAGACAGCGUGA